AUGAGAGAAGUCCCCCUGGGAAGAGAAGAAGAGUCAGCGGCAAUAUACAAGCUCCUAAAAGAGUCGAUAGAGGAGAAAGAGUACGGAGUCUUGUACGUAAGCGGAAUGCCAGGAUGCGGGAAAACACUCACAUGCACAAACGUCAUAAACACGAUAAAAAGAGACUAUCCCAACGUAAAAACAAUCACCGUAAACUGCGGAUCCCUGAUCCUCCCCUCCGAAGUCUUUGCAAGCAUCUCCCAGGAGAUCAACCCAACGGUAAAACACUCUUCCCCAAGAAUCCUGGAGGAAGUCCUAAAGGGAGAAGAAUACACAGUAAUCCUCGCAGACGAAGUAGACAUGCUCAUAACAAAGAACCAGCACAUCCUAUACGCCCUCCUGGAGAUCCCUUCAAUGUGCAAAAACGUCUAUAUUAUCUCGAUAUCAAACACCUUCAACCUGCCCGAUAAAAGGCUCACAAGCAAAGUCAGAAGUCGCUUGGGAUGGAACCGCCUGAACUUCACCCUCUACAAAAAGAGCCAGGUCGUGGAAAUCCUGCAGGAGGCAAACAAAGAGUGCGAAUUCACGCCAGAAGCACUCGAGUACUGCGCCCAUAAGAUAUGCACCUUAAACGGAGACAUCAGAAAGGCCCUGCAGAUACAGAAGCACGCAGUAAAUCACGCAGUGAAGAACGGACUCAGCAAAAUAUGCAUGGAGGACAUGGAUAAAGCCAUAAAGUACGUAUAUCACUCGAUGCAAAGCAGCUUUAUCAGGUCACUCUCUGAAUACCAGAAAAGCAUCCUUAUGACAGUUGCAAAGAAGGGGCACUCUUUCCCGGAUAGUCUGUACGUGGACUUCCGAGCAGAGCUGCAGCUGAAGAAGAGACCAGUUCCGACCUUCAAGGAGUUCCAGUUUGUCCUCGAGAAAAUGACGGAGAUAGGCGUCCUAAAGGGCAGGAGUAAUAGCCUGGCAGUGGAGACGGAGUAUAUCCCAGAUGAGCUGGACGUAAUAUUCCAGGAGGAGGAAAAUGACGAUUUAGAGAUCAUCACUAUCACGUGA